AUGGCUCCCUCAAAAACACCCAAAAGCACCUCGAGGCCAAAGAAAGAAAAAGUCUUUCACCCAGACUCCCGCAAGGCCGGUCAGCUGAGCCGGGUCCAGUUGCGAAAAGCAAAACUCGCAGACGCAGCAUCAAAGCGAACAAAGAAGCACUCUGCCCAGGCCGAUGUAUACGGAUUUUUCUACCAUGCAAUACCUCCAGAAGGCACGCUCUCCCUCGAGGAGCUACAUUCCAUCAUUAGUAAUGUGUGGUUAACACGCCAUGACGAUGAGCUCAAGCAGGAGAGAGCUGCUCGCCGCAAGGGCCGACCAAAAAGUACCAAGGAGUUGAAGCUGGAGGAGAUCAAGCUCCGUGAAUCAGAACAAUACCGCACAGGAAUGGAUGUGCCUGAUCUUACACAUGAAGCUACCGUCAAGCUAUUCCGCAAAUGGGAUCAGACGGAAGUUGCUUACAUCCAGCUUCUACGUUUCAUCCGAAUCAGCAGUGUAGAUCCUACGUCUGCAGUCAUAUCAAAACAAGGGGAACACCAUUCCCUCAAAGAAUCAGUUCCUCCGCAAGCCAUCGAUGAAGCCAUGGUCACUGAUCGUGAUGACACGCUCCUCAUUGAACCGCCAUCACGGUUCGCAAGUACAAUGAUGAUGAUGGAUGGUCCACUUCCAUAG